GGAACUGUCAUUCGACCACCAUAUUGAAGUUAUCUCAUCCUGUGUAGUGUCAAUUUGCGAAGAAAUUUUUACAAAUAAAACACUAGAAAAUUAAUGUUAUCAUUCAAAACGGGUUUAUUAGCACUACUUGUAACGUUUCUUCCAAAAAACAACUCCACCGAAUUGAUUUCCUAACAAACAAAAAACGUAUUUCUUCCCUAGAGAAAAUCUUGUUUUGAAGACUGUUGCAGUAUGGAGCCAGAAAUGGAAACGAACCACCACACAGAGGGACCCCCUAGGAAAAAAGCCAAACGUCCUUUAGACCAAGAGGUUAAUAAAAAGAACAUAACGUCGUUACCAUAUGAUAUUUUAGUAAAUAUUUUUAAACAUUUGGACUUGAAAAGUAUAGGAGUUUGUGCUACAUUGUGUUCAACUUUUAAUAACGUAUCUAAGGAUAGUUCACUGUACCAAGAAGUGACCCUAAAGUACAAUAUGAAUAAAGAAUUUCUAGAGUCAUUCGUUUCAAAAAUAUCACAUCCCAAAGAAUUGUGUGUAGAGUAUAAGUAUUGUGAUAAUCAAUCAGAUUUUGAGGAUCAUUCAGAAUUUGAUAAAUUUGUCCGUAUCGCCCUAACUAAAUGUGGAGAAUACGUGCAAUCAAUUAGGAUAGAUAAUUGUCGAAACGAUGACAUUCUCCUCCUCCUUUCGGAAUGUGUAAAUCUUAAAGAACUCACUCUAUAUCGGUGCAAGAGUUCCUUCCAAUCUCUAACCUCAAUCACUACCCUUACUAGUAUAAAAUAUGUCUCAUGUCACUUCCCCCAAAAAAUCGCCAGCGAAGCGAUAAAAAAUAACGAAUUACUUCGAAAAUUAUAUCUAUCGGAUAACACAAACGUGAAUGUAAACGAAAUUUGUGAGAAUCUCUCAAGGUGUAACGAACACAUGAGGGAAAUCUAUUUUAGCGAACGAAAAAAACUGAGAGCUAAGAGUCUGAGGACGUUGGGGAGAUUGACGAAAUUGCGGAGUUUAGCGUUAGUAUCAGGGACGGGAUUUGAGUGUGACCCUGAGGAUUCCCUUGAACAAAUAGCUGCAGGAUGCUCAAAAUUGGAAAGACUUAUUAUUUAUGGUUGGAAAGAAAUAAACGACGAUAACCUGAUGCCUAUAUUGCACAUGUGUACGAAUCUGCGCGAACUAGACCUUAGGGGGUUGAAUAUCACAAUCAGGAGUUGUCGCGAAGCCGCCCUUUCGCUGCCCUUCCUCAAAACUAUGGAUGUGAUUAAGUGCAACCGGGUGAAAAAAUCACAGCUGGCCAAACUUAAACAAGAUUUUAUGGAAAUUGAUAUUCCUUUAGAAUAAUGUUCAAAACCAAGUUUUUACAAUGUACAUUUUUUUGAUUUUACUUUUUAUAUAUUUAUUAGCAUUUUCAUUGUUAUUUUUUUUCUAAUGUUCAUUUUUAAAUUAAGUUUUAGUUGGUGUUCAUAUAAGUGUAUGUAAUUGUAUUUAAUUUGAGAUGAUAAAUUUAUUUUGUAAAUA